GGGGCGGAACCGGAACCGGCGGUAGCUUGGGGGCGGGACCUCGCGGACUGCUGUGGCGGCAGCUGGAGCGGCGGCCGCGGUGGCAGAACCGGGGUGGCCGCUGCAACCUGGAGCCCCGUGGUGCGGGGCCGCGGCCAGGCCACAGGAAGAGCUCGAGGCCCGGGCCGCACCGGCUGAGUGUGCGGGCCCGCGCGGCUCGGAGCCGCCGCCGCCCGUCGAGCCCCUCCGGGCGCCGAUCGGCCCGCCAUGGGGUCCCUGUUCCGGAGCGAGACCAUGUGCCUGGCGCAGCUCUUCCUGCAGUCGGGCACGGCCUACGAGUGCCUCAGCGCCCUGGGCGAGAAGGGCCUGGUCCAGUUCCGAGACCUCAACCAGAACAUAAGUUCUUUCCAAAGAAAAUUUGUUGGUGAGGUGAAGCGGUGUGAAGAGCUAGAGCGAAUAUUGGUGUAUUUGGUACAGGAAAUUAAUAGAGCUGAUAUUCCCCUUCCUGAAGGAGAGGCCAGCCCUCCUGCACCACCCCUGAAACAGGUUCUAGAAAUGCAGGAGCAGUUGCAGAAGCUCGAGGUUGAACUGAGAGAAGUCACUAAGAACAAGGAGAAACUGAGGAAAAACUUGCUGGAACUGAUAGAGUACACUCACAUGCUGAGAGUGACAAAGACCUUUGUGAAACGCAACGUUGAGUUUGAACCCACUUAUGAAGAAUUCCCUUCCUUAGAGAGCGAUUCUUUGUUGGAUUACAGCUGUAUGCAGAGGCUGGGAGCAAAACUGGGAUUUGUGUCUGGCCUAAUUAACCAAGGAAAAGUGGAAGCAUUUGAAAAAAUGUUGUGGAGAGUCUGCAAAGGGUACACCAUUGUGUCCUAUGCAGAACUGGAUGAAUCCCUCGAAGACCCUGAAACAGGGGAAGUCAUAAAAUGGUAUGUCUUUUUAAUAUCCUUUUGGGGAGAGCAGAUUGGCCACAAGGUUAAGAAGAUAUGUGAUUGCUACCACUGCCACGUGUACCCCUAUCCAAACACAGCCGAGGAGCGGAGGGAGAUCCAGGAGGGGCUGAACACCCGCAUCCAAGAUCUCUACACUGUACUGCACAAAACCGAGGACUAUUUGAGGCAAGUGCUAUGUAAAGCCGCCGAGUCUGUCUACAGCCGUGUGAUCCAGGUGAAGAAAAUGAAGGCCAUCUAUCACAUGCUGAACAUGUGCAGCUUUGACGUGACCAACAAGUGCCUCAUUGCUGAGGUCUGGUGUCCUGAGGCGGAUCUGCAGGACCUGCGCCGGGCGCUGGAGGAGGGCUCGAGAGAGAGUGGUGCUACAAUCCCCUCAUUCAUGAAUAUAAUCCCCACAAAAGAAACACCCCCCACUCGGAUCCGCACCAACAAAUUCACCGAGGGAUUUCAGAACAUCGUGGAUGCUUAUGGAGUCGGAAGCUACAGAGAAGUCAAUCCAGCUCUCUUUACCAUCAUCACCUUCCCGUUUUUAUUUGCUGUGAUGUUUGGAGACUUCGGACAUGGCUUUGUGAUGUUUUUAUUUGCCCUCUUGUUGGUGUUAAAUGAAAAUCAUCCCAGACUAAAUCAGUCACAAGAGAUCAUGAGGAUGUUUUUUAAUGGCCGGUACAUCCUCCUGCUGAUGGGGCUGUUCUCAGUGUACACUGGCCUCAUCUACAACGACUGCUUUUCAAAGUCAGUCAACCUGUUCGGCUCCGGGUGGAACGUGUCGGCCAUGUACAGCUCCAGCCACCCGCCCGCAGAGCAUAAGAAGAUGGUGCUUUGGAACGACAGCGUCGUCAGGCACAACAGCAUUUUGCAGCUGGAUCCAAGCGUUCCUGGAGUGUUCCGAGGCCCUUAUCCCCUUGGCAUUGAUCCUAUUUGGAACUUGGCCACAAAUCGCCUCACUUUUCUAAACUCUUUCAAAAUGAAAAUGUCCGUGAUUUUAGGAAUCAUUCACAUGACUUUUGGAGUAAUUCUGGGAAUAUUUAACCACUUGCACUUCAGGAAGAAGUUCAACAUUUACCUGGUUUCCAUCCCAGAACUUCUCUUCAUGCUCUGUAUCUUUGGAUACCUUAUAUUUAUGAUUUUCUACAAGUGGCUGGUUUUUUCAGCAGAAACCUCCAGAGUUGCUCCCAGCAUUCUGAUUGAAUUUAUUAACAUGUUUUUAUUCCCAGCCAGUAAAACAAAUGGCCUUUACACAGGGCAGGAGUAUGUCCAGAGAGUGCUGCUGGUUGUCACAGCAUUGUCUGUCCCCGUCCUCUUCUUGGGAAAGCCACUGUUUUUGUUGUGGCUUCACAAUGGGCGUAGUUGCUUCGGGGUGAACCGGAGUGGCUACACACUUAUAAGGAAAGAUAGUGAGGAAGAAGUUUCACUGCUGGGAAGCCAAGAUGUAGAAGAGGGAAAUCACCAGGUGGAAGAUGGAUGUAGAGAAAUGGCAUGUGAAGAGUUUAAUUUUGGAGAAAUAUUAAUGACCCAAGUAAUCCAUUCCAUCGAGUACUGUCUGGGAUGCAUCUCCAACACCGCCUCCUACCUGAGGCUCUGGGCGCUUAGCCUGGCUCACGCACAGUUGUCUGAUGUCCUGUGGGCCAUGCUGAUGCGUGUGGGCCUCCGCGUCGACACCACCUAUGGCGUCUUGCUACUGCUCCCGGUUAUCGCGCUCUUUGCAGUUUUGACCAUUUUCAUCCUUCUGAUCAUGGAAGGGCUUUCAGCGUUUCUUCAUGCCAUACGCCUCCACUGGGUAGAAUUUCAGAACAAAUUCUACGUUGGUGCGGGCACCAAAUUUGUUCCUUUCUCAUUCAGUCUACUUUCAUCAAAGUUCAAUAACGACGACAGUGUGGCAUGAUCAUAUUGCUGUAACCAACAAGCUUUCAGAUUUAUGGAGAAUGACCAUGUUAUAGACCUUCACUUAUGUCAGAUUUAUGAUAGGAAAAAUUCCAUCUUCAUUACUGCCUUAUGACAUAGCCAAAUAAUUCUGUAAGAUAUACCUCUUCCUCUUAUGUUAAAUAUUUUGUAAAGUUUACCAAUUUGAGAUAUAAAAAUUUCUUUUGGUUUUUUAUGAUGAGCAAAUAUAAGUUAAUGCCAAA